CAUGUACUUAUCCAUCUCAACACGCCGCGAUGUGAUAUUCAAUAACAAGCGGUCCAUACGUUCCUCGAAUUCCCAGAUUAAACCUGCUUUUCCAGAUCCCUCAUCCCAUACGUUAACGGCGAGCGCAACGUAUCAUCUAUACCUCUACCAUGGCGUCGACGAUCCUCAAACCCGUAACGCAACCCCCGCCCACAUCGCAUGUUCUCCUCACCUAUCCCGCCCCGUAUGUCCUGCUAGUCACAAUAAACCGCGAGCGCCAAAUGAAUAGUAUACCUUUUGCCGGGCACACUGAAAUGGGUCAAGUCUUCGAUUGGUUUGACCGCGAGCCGAAUCUCCGCGUAGCUAUUAUCACGGGCGCGGGCAAGAAGGCGUUCUGUGCAGGGCAGGACUUGAUCGAGCUGGGAAAGAUUAGGCAGGGUACGGUGGAGAAGGAUGUUGCUAAGCAGAGACACCCGCUGAGCGGCUUUGGAGGGAUCAGCAGGAGGGCGGGGAAGAAGCCGAUUAUUGCGGCCGUGAAUGGGUUUGCGCUUGGUGGUGGAUUUGAGAUUGUGCUGGGCUGUGACAUGGUCGUCGCCUCCCCAACAGCGACCUUUGGCCUCCCCGAAGCCCUUCGUGGUAUCUUUGCAGGCGCAGGCGGGCCACCCCGUCUUGUCCGCAACGUCGGAUUGCCAAUCGCCUCUGAGAUGGCCCUUACCGGCCGCUCUAUAACUGCGCAACGCGCAAAGGAACUCAAUCUUGUCAACCGUAUCUCGCCCUCUCCUGACACGGUUGUAGACGAAGCGCUCAGACUUGCCAAUGAUAUCGCGGCUAUCAGCCCCGACGCAGCGAUCGUAACGAGAGCGGCGUUGAAGGAGGCAUGGGAGCAGGGAAGCGUCGAAAGGGCGACACAGUUGGUCAUUGAGAGGUUUGAGCGGGAUUUGAACACGGGAGAGAAUGCGCUUGAGGGGCUGAAGGCGUUUGCGGAGAAGAGGAAGCCUGAGUGGAAGGCUAGUAAGCUGUAGAUAGCACGCUGAUGUAGAGAAGACAAGCUUCAUAGAUCCUGCGAUGAUUGCUUGGGCUGUUUUGUCAUCGUAUGCAGCCACUUGAACCAAUAUGGUGCUAGUGUCUGGUUUACAAGAACUCUACUGUGGUCUACGCAGCCUUUGGAGUUCCAAGC